UGGUAGAAGUGAUCAAUGCCAACGCCUUCUGGAAAAACAUAUAGGAGCAAGCGCCAAGCCUGUAGCCAACGGUGGUGGUUUGUUGUUUACAUAUUUGAGUAGCGUCUUGUAAUCGUAAAUUUAAUCUUUUAGCAUCAUGAAACUCGUAAGAUUUUUGAUGAAACUUAGUCAUGAAACUGUCACUAUUGAGCUCAAAAACGGAACACAGGUCCAUGGGACUAUUACAGGAGUUGAUGUAGCUAUGAACACACAUCUGAAGGCUGUCAAAAUGACUAUAAAGAAUCGUGAUCCGGUUCAAUUGGAGACCUUAAGUAUUCGUGGCAACAACAUCCGCUACUAUAUUUUACCAGACUCACUUCCUCUGGAAACACUACUGAUUGAUGAUACUCCCAAAGGGAAAGCACGGAAGAAGGAGGCUGCACGCACUGGUGGUGCUACUCGCGGAAGGGGUCGUGGAAGAGGUGGACGAGGCAGAGGCCCUCGAGGACGAGGCAGAGGGAUGGGCCGCCGGUAGAUCUUUUAGAGCAACCUUCAUGUUCAUCUGUGAUUUUUUGGAGAAAAUGUUCACUUGGAUCUUGACUUGCGUUUUAUGCAAGAGCAGAGUUUAAGUAUGUGUGAAAGAUCAAGAAGGAAUGCUUUCUUGUUUCAAUUUCUGUUAUUCUAAUUCUGAGUACCCUGUGCUGAGUUUGUCCACUCAGCAGAUCAUUUUCCCAGCCCAUUUCAUUAAUUUUGUAUUAACAAUGAUAAUAAUAUUCAGUUUUGUCAGCUUACUUACAUGAGAAUCAUUUUUGAAUCAUCUGAUUCGCAGCUGGCUGAAAUGAGUCCAGGCAUUCCAAGAUCUCCUAUAAUAGUCCACUAAAUCAACUGAGAAUUGCCGUUGGAUAUUCAUUUAGCAUUUUAUUUAUCAUCUUUAUUUGUAGACAUUGCCGAAAUCUGUGGGAAAUUUAUUUCCAAACUGUUCCUUUGCAGAUAAGGUGUGAUUUAAAUAAUGGUGUAAUAAAUAGUGGUGAAUAAGCAA